AUGGCGCACCAAGCGAGCGCAAUGAGCUCCCGGAGCGCUCGACCCCUUUCCGCCGAGGCCGCCACCAUCAGGGAACUACCCGGCGACGAACCCGACGAUGUCGUUUUCGAAAGCAAGUACGGUCUCCGCACCGUCAUGCUCAACCGACCCAAGAAGCUCAAUUCGCUCAACGCGUCCAUGAUUCGCAAGAUUGUGCCCCGCCUGGUCGAGUGGGAAAAGAGCGACAUGGCCAACAUUGUGGUGAUGAAGGGAGCCGGCGACAAGGCCCUCUGCGCCGGCGGUGACGUUGCCGCGCUGGCUGAAUACAACCAGGAGAGCGGCGAUGGGUGGAAAAAGUCGGCCGAUUACUUUGGCCUCGAGUACAAACUGGAUCACUACAUUGCGACAUAUGGCAAGCCGUACAUAGCCUUCAUGGAUGGCAUCACCAUGGGCGGCGGCGUCGGUCUCAGCAUCCACGCGCCUUUCCGGAUUGCAACCGAGAGGACGGUGUUUGCCAUGCCCGAAACCACCAUCGGUUUCUUCCCCGACGUCGGCGCCUCGUUCUUCCUGCCGAGAAUGAAUGGAGCUGUGGGCACCUAUCUGGCCCUGACGAGCGAGCGAUUGACCGGCCCAAACGUCUUUUACUCUGGCAUCGCCACUCACUACCUUCACUCGACCAGCUUGCCCGAUCUCGAGGCCCGCCUUGCGGAGCUGAGGUUCAGAGACGACGACCCCUUACCCAAAAGACUUGCCAUCAUCAACGACACCCUUGAGGAGUUUUGCACCGGCUUGCCUUACGACCAGCCCAUGCAGCUGGGCGGCGCGGUCCGCCAGGCCGUGGACCGAUGCUUCAGCAAGAGCAAUGUCUCCGACGUCAUCGCCGCCCUGAAGGCGGAGAAGGGAGAGACGAGGGACUGGGCCGAGAAGCAGCUGGCCACAUUAAACAAGCGGUCGCCCACCGCAGUGCAUGUGACUCUCAGGCAGAUGCGAGUCGGUGGCAAGUGGGACAUUGCCGAGACGUUCAACAAGGAGCAUCAGAUUGCCAGCAAAUUCAUGCGUCACCCCGACUUUACCGAGGGCGUGACGGCUCUGUUGGUCCGCAAGGAGAAGCCCCGGUGGCAGCCCGCGUCGCUCGAGGCCAUCCCCGCCAGCGAGGACGUCUCGCGACCCUUUUUUGACUUGGACGAGAAGCAGUCUCUGGAGCUGUUCACGGACCGCACGUACUCUGAAUAUCCUCACCAGGGCCUCGGCGUGCCCACGGAGAAGGAGGUCAGGGCUGCCGUCAGCAGCGGCACCUACACACCCCAGGAGCUGGCCAGGGUCAUGGUGGCAUCGAGAAAUGGGCGCCAGGGCAUCGCGGACGUUGUCCACGAAAUCCUCGGUCGCAAGACCACGCUCGACGCUCAGGGCAAAGUCAAGUGGGUGAGCGAGGAUGCAUCAGCGGGCAGCCGAUUGUAG